AUGAGCUCUGAUGAUGAGAUUUAUUUUGAUGCUCCAGAAGACAUUGAUGAAAUAGAAUUGUCCAAUUUAAAUCCCUUAUCUACUCCUGAACACGAGUGCAUUCGUAAUCGUAUUGAAUCCCUUAAGAAAAGUGCUAGAAAAUGUGAUCAAAAUUCUUCGAUUCCUCCGUACCCACUGCUUGAUUCCAUUGAACCUGCUUCCGCAGUAGUCCAAAUUUUAGAUUCUUCUCACUCUAAUGGCAUUUCUUCCAGCUUAACCACCCCUCGAAUUCUUAGUCGUACCUUUCCAGAGAAAGGGUCUUUUGUACCCAAUAAUGAUUCCGAUUUUACUCAAAAUACGUAUAUAAAUGAUUUUGAGACGUAUACUCUUGUUCGGUCCCAAACUACCCAACCUUCAUCUAUUUCUCCUCCGGUUUUCUCCUCUCUUUCCUUUGGUCGAUCGACCCAACCAAUGUCUUCUGCUCCUGAAGUUAGUCUACGCCGUAUCCACCAUCCGAAUAGAGAGGACUACGUAAAAUCCUGGUCUCUGGAUGCGGCCCGCUGUGGAUCACGUUUACCUUUUACGCAUGACCGACCUAGUCAUCUUGUUUCACCUAGGCAGUGGAUGGGGAGCAAGCCCUUGUCAUUGAGGCAUAAGGACAUUACUGCAGCCUCGUGGUCUGACGAUAGCAAUGUAUUCGCAUGGGGAAUGAGAUUAAGGACUUUUUUUGGGAAACAUGAGAAGAGGCUUCCUUCAACAAUCUACAAACCGGAGAAAAAAGAGGAGUUCUCCUUAUGA